CCCGAUGGAGCUUCUGCACCCUGGGAGGGGUCCCUGACCCCUGGGGUUGGGAGACGUGGACAUUAGGGGGGACUGGACUCAGGGCCUCGGGUGGUAGGGGUGCCCGGGAGUCCCUGGGACGUCUGGCAGCUGGAGUCUCGGGCGCCUGCUGGAUGCUAAGACACUUGACUGCCCAGGGGGGUGCAAACUGUGACCUUACCCGGACCUGCCCUGUCCAGACCAUGGACCCCGAGGUGUCUCUGCUGCUGCAGUGCCCCCUGGGCGGUCUGCCCGAGGAUCAAGUUCGGGCUGAGCUGAGCCCGGCCUACGACCGUCGCCCGCUGCCAGGAGGGGACAGAGCCAUCGCUGCUGCCUGGGAGAGCCGGCUCCAGGCCCAGCCCUGGCUGUUUGAUGCUCCCAAGUUCCGCCUGCACUCUGCGUCCCUGGCGCCCGCCGGCUCGCAGGGGCCGCAGCUGCUCCUGCACCUGGGCCUGACUUCCUACCGAGACUUCCUGGGCACCAACUGGGCCAGCUCGGCUGCCUGGCUGCGGCAGCAGGGGGCUGCCGACUGGGGUAACAAGCAAGCCUACCUGGCAGACCCCCUGGGGGUGGGUGCCGCCCUGGCCACCGCCGAUGACUUUCUCGUCUUCCUGCGCCGCUCUCAGCGGGUGGCCGAAGCCCCUGGGCUGGUGGACGUGCCUGGUGGGCACCCUGAGCCUCAGGCCCUGUGCCCUGGUGACAAGGUCCCCCUGCACAAGGACCUCCCGGGGGAGCUGGUGGUGCGUGAGCUCUUCUCCAGUGUCCUCCAGGAGAUAAGUGAUGAGGUGAACCUGCCACUGCCCACCCUGAGCCAACCGCUGUUACUGGGCAUCGCACGCAAUGAGACCAGUGCGGGCCGUGCCAGUGCCGAGUUCUACGUCCAGUGCAGCCUGACUUCUGAGCAGGUGAGGAAGCACUACAUGAGUGGGGGACCGGAGGCCCAUGAGUCCACGGGCAUUAUCUUUGUGGAGACACAGAGGGUGAGGAGGCUGCAGGAGACUGAAAUGUGGGCCGAGCUGUGCCCCUCCGCCAAAGGCGCCAUCAUCCUCUACAACCGGGGCCAGGGGCACCCCACCUGAGUCGCCCUCGGGUCCGCAGCCCUACCAACCCAGCUAGCUCCAAGGACAAUAAAGGACUUUAUUCUUGG